UUGUGAUGUGGGAGACUGAACCAUCAACGCUUUUUCAACACUUCUUCUUCUUCCUCCUCAUUUCUCUCUUCCAUGCAAAAACACAGUUUCAAAUAAACUAAAGAAAAAAAAAAAAAAAAAGAGGUGAUUAAGAAAAGAUUAUUAAAACACAAAGAGACAAAAAUGAGUGAUGGUCGAGUAAACGCGGAUCAAGAACAAGAACAAAACCUGGUUAAACCAACGGGUAAGAGAUCUCUCAUUCUCAUCCUCACCACAUACUUUUGUCUCUUCGUCGGCUCCAUCGCCUCGAGCCUCCUCGCCAAAUACUACUUCGUCCACGGUGGCUCGAGCCGAUGGGUCUCCACGUGGGUUCAAUCCGCUGGCUUCCCUCUCCUCCUCACCUUGAUCUACUUCCCUCGCUACGUCUUCAAAACCACCACUCGGCGUCCUUUCACGCGCUUCACGCGCCGCCAUCUCCUCUUCUCCGUGUUGAUCGGGUUUUUUCUCGGUAUCAACAACUUCCUCUUCUCAUGGGGAACCUCGUACCUCCCUGUGUCCACGUCAUCGCUUCUCCUCUCGACACAGCUCGUCUUCACUCUCAUCUUGUCCGUGCUCAUUGUGAAACAGAAGGUCACUUUCUCAAACCUCAACUGCGUUAUUCUCUUGACGUUAAGCUCUGUUUUGUUGGCUCUCGGUUCGAGUAGCGAUAAACCGGCCGGUUUAACUAAAUCAAAGUAUUACAUCGGGUUUGCAUCCACGAUCGGAGCCGGUUUACUCUUCGCUCUAUACCUCCCCGUGACGGAGAAGCUUUACCGCAGCGUCUACUGCUACGCGAUGGUCAUGGAGUUGCAGCUGAUGAUGGAGCUCUCCGCGACGGUUUUCGCCACGAUCGGUAUGGCUUUCGACGGCGGGUUUAGAGAAAUGGUUAACGAAGCUAACCAUGUUUUCACCAAAGGACCCACGGUCUACUGGACGGUUGCGAUUUUUGCCAACGUGGUGACGUGGCAGCUCUGUUUCGCUGCCACGUCAGGGAUGGUUUACUUGACGUCAGGAAUCACGGGAGGUAUCUGCAUGACGGCGUUGCUCGCGAUGAAUGUGAUCGGAGGUGUGGUGGUUUACGGUGACAAGUUUGGUGGAGUCAAGAUUGUGUCGACUGUGCUAUGUAUUUGGGGUUUCUCGAGUUACAUCUACGGGAUGUACACAAAGUCGAAGAAGGCGGAGUUGAUGGAGAAGGAGAAGGGAGAAUAUUCCGGGGUAAAGACGUCGGAAGACGGCGGAGAUAUGGAGGUGGAAAUGGGUAAUGUUAAAGAUGACGUGGCGGCGGUGGAUGAUAGGGUUUGAAGAUAUCUGUGUGAUUGAGACGGCCGUUAUGAUUAUUAUUAUUAGGAUGCCAACAAAAAAAAAAGCGACUAGUAGUAUCUUUUUCAUGUUCUAUCUUUUUCUCACCUUAAUUUCUUUUUUUUAGCUCUUUUGUUUUUGAGUAAUGCAUCUGCUUUUGUUUUUGUUUGUUUUUUUAGCUGUUUUGUGUUUUCCUUUUCUGGUUAUUUUCUUAUGAAUUAUCUUGUCAAGGACGAAACUAAUUAUGUGUACACUUUUGAAGUGUGGAUUUGUUUUUUCCAGUUGUCGGUUGAUAAUGUAUUGUAUAUUUCAUCUAUGGGUUUGAUUGGUUGUA